CCGGAUGUUGGCUCGGCCGCCGACAGAAAGGCAAACGGGAGAAGGCGGAGAGAAGCUGAAAGAGGGACGCCACGGCACCGCAGGCUCACCGGCGAAGCGACGGCGGCUUUCUGCACAGGACGAUAAACGUGAAAAGCACACGGGACACUCUCGGAGAGCCUCCCGCUAGCUGGAAGAAGAGGAGCUGAAAAGGAAAAAGGGAAGGGGGCUGUUACUCUGAAACUACCGUCAGGAUUACCAGAGGAGGCACCGUCACAGCAGCUUUUCACCCAGAAGUCGACCUACAGAAGCGGAUGUCUUGAGCUAAGCGAGACUUCAAACUCAACCUGUCAUCUGCCCCGCUUGUUAUUCCGCACCUGGUCCACUCUCCUUCCGGUGCAGAGCACCAACUGCACCCAACACCACCUCCACCUUUUCCCCACCCCUUUCCUGCCCAGCCUGCCGUCACCAUGACGUCGGAGCUGGAGAGCAGCCUCACCUCCAUGGACUGGCUUCCUCAGCUGACCAUGCAGGCGGCCAUCCGCAAGGCAGAUGCCCAGAAUGCCCAUGGGCCAGGCAUGGGCAAGAAGAGUGCCCUACUGGAUGCUAACACCACGCUGGACCAGGAGGAGGUGCAGCAGCACAAGGACGGCAAGCCUCCAUACAGCUACGCCAGCCUUAUCACGUUUGCUAUCAACAGCUCCCCAAAGAAGAAGAUGACUCUGAGCGAGAUCUACCAGUGGAUCUGUGAUAACUUUCCCUACUACAGGGAGGCGGGCAGCGGCUGGAAGAACUCAAUAAGGCACAAUCUGUCGUUGAACAAGUGUUUUCUCAAAGUGCCUCGCUCCAAAGAUGACCCGGGAAAGGGCUCUUACUGGGCCAUCGACACAAACCCAAAGGAGGACUCCUUGCCUACACGGCCAAAGAAGAGGCCGCGGUCUGGAGAGCGGGCUUCUACGCCGUACAGCCUGGAGUCUGAGUCUUUGGGGAUGGAGUGUAUGAUCUCUGGAAGUGCCUCUCCAACGCUGGCAAUCAACACUGUGACUAACAAGGUGGCGUUAUACAACACAGACCAGGAGGGUAGUGAUAGUCCAAGAAGCAGCCUUAACAACAGCCUGUCCGAUCAGAGUCUGGCUUCCGUCAAUCUCAACAGUGUGGGCAGUGUGCACAGCUAUACAGGGGUGACCAGUCACCCAGAGCCCGUGUCCCAGCCCAUGAGCCUCCAGCAGCCGCCCCAGUCCCAGUACAAUAUGCCGGACAGGGAUAAGCAGCUCCUGUUCUCUGAAUUUGAAGAUCUCAGUGCCUCCUUUCGCAGCCUUUAUAAGUCUGUUUUUGAGCAGUCCUUCAGUCAGCAAGGGCUGAUGGGCAUCCCGGCAGAUUCCUCCCAGCAGACACACACCUCCUGCUCCUAUCAGCACUCUCCCAGUGGCGCCAUCAGCACUCAGAACAGCAUGUCAAACAACCAACCCAACAACCACCCCAACAGCCACUCCGCCAACAGUGGCCAGGUGCCCCUGUCCCACCCCGGCCACGUCUCGCCCCACGCACAGCACCUCCCGCAGCAUGGCGUCCCCCACAACCAACACAACCAACACAGCCAACACAACCAACACGGCCAGCACAGCCAACACAGUCAACAUGCACAGCACCCCCAGCAUGCUGCGCACUCCCAGCACGGGCAGCACCCUUCGCAGCACCCAUCCCACGGCCAGCACCCGCAGCAGCACACGCCACACCCCUCCCAACACACUCAACACAGCCAGCACCCACAGCAACACGGACAGCAGCAUCAGAGCCUCUCCCACCAGCCCCAUCCUACCCAGCAACAGAUGGCCUGCAACACAGGUUUACUGUCUGACUGGUACCCAAAUCUGGAUGCGCUGAAAGAAAGCUGUCGCAUUGCUAGCAGCUAUAACUGGGCUGAUGUCGACCUUUCACCUUUCCAAGGAUUAAGGGACAGUAUGAGACAAGCCGAGUUGAACAAUUGGUCCCUGGAACCCACUCAGAUUGCAGACCUCUGCUCGUCCAUCAACCAGUUUUUUGCCCGCACCGGUGUAAUCCAGCCACAGGGGGCAGUGCAGCCCACUGUUUGUCAUGGCUCCAUGCACCCCAACAAACCAAGCCAGCACCACAACACAGGAAAUCUCUACAUGGACUCCAGACAGAGUCUAUCCUUGAUGGGUCCUCCAGGAUACCCCCACAUGCCCCCCAUGAGCACCGCAGGACCCACGAUGACAGGACACCAUGCACAGAUGAACCAGCAGCACAUGAUACCUACCAGAAACUUCCAGAUGCAUCGCAUGCAAGCUGAUGACAUUCAGGAUGACUUUGAUUGGGACUCCAUCGUCUAACCCCAGACCUCCUUCUGCAAACAGAAAAGGGAGUGAGGAGAGGAGGUGGAAGCCAGAGGGAGCCAGGCGGAGCAACAGGAGGGGAGGAGGAGUGCGCUGUUGGUGGGAUGCAGAAGAACAUUGACAAGCUUUGUUGGACAAAGACAGACUUCAGAGUCCUGACAUUUUUACAAAAGCAAAACAUUACUAGAAAACGUUAGUUUGAAGACAAUCAUAUUUAGUCGGACAUGUAAAAGUGAUCGCUUAUGUACUUGUCUAGAGACGAGUAAACACAUUCACGUCUAAACCACACGCUCCUCAGCUCCUCAGAUGGCCCUCUCCCUCUCCCGUCCCUCGCCAGCAGCCUUCCAAAGUCUGAACCCCUCUCCCCCCUCUCCCCCCUCUCCCCCUGCUCCGUAACUGUUCUGUGAUUUGAGCGACGUGUUCAGCUUGUAAUUCUUCUCGUGUUGACAUCGGCCUCAGCUGCCUCUUGGAUGAGUUUUUUCUCUUAAAAAAAAAAAAAACUUAUUUGGUUUUGAUUUUCAUUUGAAAGAAACACAGGCCAUCUCUGUGAGUAACGUGAUGGUGCUCGUUUGACGCUUUUGGGAGAAAACCGGUCUCGCUGUGGCUGCAUGGGUGGUGAAGUUGUGUUUACAAUAAGUGAGAUUUUGAACAGGGUGUUAAAUGAUAAAGGCUUGAUAUUAAACAAACCAAGAGAGAGGGAGAUCACAUAAGGUAUCAUGAUCUGUUCUCCUACACAACCAAUGUGAUCAGGCCCACGGCAACAGACAAGUUAUGGGAAUACAAGAACUUUUUCAAAUGUCUUUCUUUUUGUUUCUGUGUCUCAAGCACUUCACGAGUGGAUGAGUGUGAACGAAAGUGAAGAAAAGAAAGCAGGAACAUUUUCUGUCUUUUAUUCAACCCAAAGUAACCUGAGGUUUAAGUUCUCUGCGUGCAUUGUUUUAGUUUAGUAUAAAUCUAUCAGUUUUUAAGCUUUAUUCAAUCAAAAGAUGUAACAGUAAGUGCUUACCAGAUUCAAAUUUUAAGCAAAAUUGAAGGGGGAAGUUCAUCAGUUUUUGUAACUUGUUUAUCAUUGAAUCAUUCAACACCAAAACCGAAAACAACUGACUGAUACAUCAGUGAGGCCAGUGUUGUCAGCUAGUCCCAGUUUAUCCCAGCUAGGGCUGUCAACUAGUUAAUCACAAACCGCUGUGUUGUCCCUUUAAGCGCAUCAUGGAUAAACCGCCGCAAAAAAAAAGAAAAAAAGAACAACACUGCUGCAUCUUUAAAUGGGUCAAAAGUAACAUCCACCUCAUGACAUCAAACAUUUCACUUGUAUACCUUUCCUUGCUGUUUUCAUUUACUUUUUGAUCCGUAACGAGUUCCGUUUUCUGAAGUUAGGUUAAUGCUGUAACCUUCAAUCUACCAGAAGGUCCUUAUUUUAUUUCAAAAUAAAAGCUGGGUUGAAUUCAGUCAGCAAGUAAAGUACUCUCAGCUUAAGACAGUACAACAAUUGAAAAUAAAAGCUGAACUAUUUUCAUUUUGAAAUGCGAAUGCAGAUAUGCAAUUCAAAUUUCAAUUGAUCACGAUAAAGUAUUGAACUUUUGCAAAUAAUCACGAUUACAUUUUGAAAAAUCUUUUGACAGCCCUAUCCCCAACACAUCUGUAAUGUCAAAGAUGUCAGGCAAUACUCUUCAAAGAUAUCAAUAAUAUGUUCAAGAUGAUAAAAUUGUGCCUCCACUUUAGUUUGUCAAAAAGAAAACUACACAAAAAAACAAUUUAACAAGGUUUUGACAAAGUUUGUUUUCUAAAAAACAACAACAAAAAACAUGCAGACCAAUUUGUCUGAAUGUGACCUUUUAAACUUUUAGACAUCAUUAUUCAAAUCUUUCCUCAUUCAAAUUCUGUAUGGGCUCUGGCAAACAAAACAUGUGUCAUACUUCUCAAAUCAGCAGGUUGUGUUUUUAUUAAAUAAAUAUAAAUAUAAAGCUAAAGACAAAAAGGAUGGCUUAGCUUAGAGACUGAAAGACUGAAAAUAGUCUUGCACUGUUUCUGCCCACCAUCCCCCCCAUGAUGCUUUGCAAUCAACAAGAUAAAGCUUGUCUUGUCCGUCCAAUCUUUACUAUAAGACGAGUAAAGAAGCACUCCUUGUAUCAAGGAAUGUUAGAAUGAUUUCCAUUAGAUGUGCCUGAGGGCUGAUUUAGUUACCUGUGGAGAGAACAAGGCCAGGCUGCCGGCCAUAUUUUUUGUGCUAUGCUAAGCUAACUGUCUUCUAAAGCUUGCUUUAUAUUUAUCUUACACACAUGGGAGUUGUGUCGAUCUUCUCAUCUAACUAUUGCGGUGAAAGGAUGUUUACCAAAUUGACAAACUCAUGUUUUAAAGAAUUGCAAUUCCAGAUGCAAACCAUGUUUGAAUUAUAAAUUAAAAUGAAACAUUAAGAGCCUGUAUAAAAUGUGAAAGUAAUGGUUUUCAUGCCUAAUAAAAUACAGUAAAAAAAAAUCUUUCAAAAGUAGUAAAAUGAGAAAUCUGUCUUAGUCUACCUGAAAGAGGAAAGAAUCUGAUGUGGAGGUUUUUCAAUAAUGUGUUUAUUUUUGAAUGACCAAUGAUCAAUAGGAUAUACAUCAAAUGUUGAACUUUCCCUUUUUAAAAGGUAAAUAAUCAUGUGUUCAACUUUACUGUACAGUUUGUAGAGUGAGUUACCGGUACAUCCAAAUCCAUGCCUUUAUCUAUCUAUUGUACGUCAACGGUAGUAAAAGCUGCACUCAGUGUAUGUCACAUCUGGAUUUAAAAUUUUCAAUUUACAUUUUUUUUCUGCCCGGUGUUUUAUUGUAAUCGUACAAUAGCUUAAGAUUUUGCUGUUAUACAAUCAUUACAGAAUGAGAAAUGUGAUUCAUGAUCAAGCUCAUACAGUGUGUGUUUGUUGGUUUAACAAUUGGUGAGUGCAUAUGUGUACGUUUUGUUUUGAUUGCAAUUUUAGGGCUGAUUGAUUGCUGCAAUCGCUUUGCUUUCUAUGAGCACAAAGCAGAUGCACACAGGUGAUCUGUGACAAAUGUGUUUUAUGUUGAAAGGGUUCCUCUCAAGCACAGAACGGGGAGAUCGACCUGUGCUCUGUAUCCUGUCACAUGUGGCUCCCCAAUCAGACAGGUGCUGAACUUUAGAGACACUAUGUUAGAAAAGUUCACCCUUUGCACACUUAACACCUUUUGUUGGUAUCCGUUUUUUAAGGAGCAAAGCACCUCCUGGAGCUCAAAUCUAGCCUCUCCUUGAUUUCAAACAUUCAUUUAAAGAUAGACUAUUGGACCUGCAUUGUCCACAACUGACAAUAUUUCUCGUCCCAGUAAUACAGCUGAACUGAUGGUGCUUGCAUACAUGACUAGGUGUGUCUUUGUGUAAAGGUGAAGUUCAAAAUAUUGGGAAAAGUCAUUAAUGUGUUUCUUUUCAAGAAGAUACUUCUUCCCGGUUCUCCUGCUGCAGCCAACCGAAAGUUAGCCCUGAAAGUAGUGUUGUAUGAUUAGAAAUUGGUCUUGGUCUCAACUCGGAAUCAAAAGCAUUUUACUCGGUCUCGAAUUUAAAUCAAGACCACCACUGAUUGGCUGUUUUUCCACAUCAUUACUGUGAUUAGAAGAAAAAAAACGCCCCUUUCUGUAUGUCUUGGUCUCGGUUAGGUUGGUCUUGACUACAACACUACCUGAAAGAGUGAAAACAAGAGGAAACAGCUGGUAUAGCUCUGUCCAACAUGCAAGCAUCACUAAUACUCACUAAUCAACACUUUGUAUCUUUGUGUUUAUCUGUACCAAAAACCUAAGUGUAUAAAGGACUAUUUUUGUGUCAUGCUUUGAUAAUGUGUGAAUUACUGAGCAUUAGAGGUGCUGAGCGGGAGAUCUUUUCAGGAUUGGACAGAGCACUCCAUGUUUCUCUGUUUUCACACUUAAUGCUAAGCUAAGCUAACUGUGUGGACUAACUGUAGCUUCCUCUUUAUGGUAGAGAAAUGAGAAGUUGUGUGUUUCCAAAAAGAUUAGAUCAUAUCUUUAAAUUGAGUUAUCAACUAGGGAUUGCUGAUGUCAGCAUAAUUCUGAUUUCAUAUUUUAAUGACAAUCAUUAUGAAUUAUUUUUAAUGAUACUGUAAAAGGCACUUUCAAGAUUCACCAGGUUCUGUAAUGUGUUAGUAGUAUAUAACAAUUUGUUUCUACAUUUGAACCUCUCUAAGGUUAUUUUAAACUAGAACCAGUCCACAUUUUAGGCUGCAAGUCUUCUAUCCAGAGCUGCACUGUGCACAUGAAUCAAGACUUCUUUUAGCUGAUGAUACUGCCGUUCAGUUUUUCUUUUUUUUUUUCUUCUACUGCCAAUCAAACCUGUCCACCCCUGCAUCUUUCUGCCAUGUUUUGUUUGUCUUUGCACAUCAAAUGUCAGCUGUAUGUGAAGGAUUUCCUUGCCUGUGGAUCUUCUCUCUUGAGCUUUUCAAUGCCAGGAUUUCUUAAGUAGAGCUCAAACCGAGAAAAAAAAAAAAAAAAAAAAACUAAGUCAGUUGUGUGACCCAAAUGAUGACUCUUUGUGGCGAGGUGGCCAAGGGACUGCAACAGAAGAUGAGAGAGGAGAGCAACAGUGUGUUUUCUUUCUAAUGUACUUACAAUAGAGAACCUCCUGUGUGUCGGUGUGAAGUUGAAGUGUGUCUCCGUUCUUCCAGGUGAAGAUUGUUAACACACACAAUACUCUUUUUUAACGCAGCAGCCCCAAAGGAAACAAAAGGAUUUGAGCUAAAACGGAUAAAAAAGGUGAAGACAAUGACUGGAUCACAAUCAAAUUUUACAUUACGUCCGUAUGUGUGGUGUGUGUGUUUUGUGUGUGUGUGUGUUUAAGUUCUUUUUUUUCCAAAAGACGAUUUGAAUUUUUCUUUUUUUAUUCCGCUGGACAUGAACCUGCCAGAGAGAUUACUUAUCAGUGGGAGAAAAAAAGAUGAUAAGAUACAAAAAAAAAAAAAAAAGCCUUGUUACAAUGUGGGAGAGAACUGCCAACAAGUACUGCUGAUCGGGGCCUAUUUUAUUCAGUGCUGGUGUGUUGUUGUGCUUGUACAUAUAUGUCUUUUCAAUCAUCCCUUUUUUCCUCUUGGGGGUGGGGUAUCAAGGCUGGGGGUGGGUCUUAUCAAUGAAAAGAGAGGAGGUAAAAGAAUAGAGUAUUUUGUUAUUGUCCAAUCAGAGGGUGACAGUAUGUAUAUAUCUAUAUUGUAUAUAUGUGAUGAAAAUGCGUCGGCUUUUUGUGUGACACUACCUUUUACCUGUACUAUGGUUCUACAUUCAGUGUUUCAGUGUUGAUAAUAUAUAUUUGGUUUGUUUUUUUGAUUUUGUCUUUGUCAUUUCUUGUAUUUUUUUUUUCUCCUACUUGUCCUAUUUUUGUUUAUGCACGGUUUAUUACUUUUGUUGUCCGAUGAGGUGACACAGCUACUCUUUGUAUUCGUUUAGUGCUGUAAAAUAACUCCAAGUGUUAUUAGAAUUGUCGAUACCACCGCCCACCCCACCCCCGUCCCCAAUAUGCAUGAAUGGCACUUAAAGAAAUAAAAUAUGGUAACUUCACUGUG